AAAAAUCAAUAACCAGGAAGAGAAUCCGGCUGCUACGGGUGUCGGAGUGUAUCAAAAUUAGUCUCCAGAUUCUUUCCGAGGAGAAGAUUUGCAGGUGGUACCAGAGAAGGGAUAGAGGAGUGGGAUAGUAAUGGAGGACGAUGCACCAGUUAUCUAUGGACUGGAAUUCCAGGCUCGAGCACUAACUGCUCAGACGGCAGAAACUGAAGCUAUUCGAUUUUUGGUUGGAACACAGUCCCUCAGAUAUGACAACCAGAUCCAUGUAAUAGAUUUUGAUGAUGAAAAUAAUAUCAUCAAUAAGAAUGUCCUACUUCACCAUGCUGGGGAAAUUUGGCAGAUCAGUGCUAAUCCGACAGAUAAGAGUGUCCUUGCAACCUGCUACAAUAAAACUUUAGACAGCAAAGUCAUGACAUGUGCGGCUGUUUGGAGGAUACCGAAGGAAUUGCAGGCUGGCAGCCAGGAGUCCCCUGAUGAUUCUUCAAGCAACGCCCAGUCUCUGGAGCUUCUCUGUCACCUUGACAACGUGACCCAUGGCAAUAUGGCCUGUGUUACCUGGGAACCUCUUGGAGAUGGAAAAAAACUGCUCUCCCUGGCUGAUAAUCACCUUAUGAUCUGGGAUUUGCAAGAAAGCUCCACCAAAUCUGUGCUCUCAAGUUCAGCAGCUUUGGAAGGCAAAGGGCAGCUGAGGUUUACCUGUGGGCGAUGGAGUCCUCAUCACAACUGUACACAGGUUGCGACAGCCAACGACACAGCGAUUCGAGGCUGGGACAUAAGAAGUAUGAGGCAAAUAUACUGCAUAGAUAAUGCUCAUGGACAGCUGGUUCGAGACCUCGAUUUCAACCCCAACAAACAGUACUACUUGGCCAGUUGCGGAGAUGAUUGCAAAGUGAAGUUCUGGGAUACCAGGAAUAUUAAUGAACCGGUGAAAACUCUAGAGGAGCACUCACAUUGGGUUUGGAGCGUCCGAUAUAACCAUUCACAUGACCAGUUGGUUCUGACUGGCAGCAGUGAUAGCCGUGUUAUCCUUUCCAAUAUGGUUUCCAUUUCUUCAGAACCAUUUGGACACUUGGUUGAUGAUGAAGAUUUGAGUGAUCAAGAGGAGAAUCAGCAGGAGGAAAAAACAAAAGAGCCACUCCUGGACAGUAUAAUAGCUACCUAUGAAGAACAUGAAGACAGCGUGUAUGCCGUGGAAUGGUCCUCUGCAGACCCCUGGCUCUUUGCUUCUCUAAGUUAUGAUGGAAGGCUUGUUAUUAACAGGGUUCCGAGAGCACUCAAAUAUAACAUAUUAUUGUAAUAAAGUGAUGUCUCUCCCUGCUUAUUUGAUGUUAUUCGAAGACUUGAGAUCUGGAAUGUGCUAUUAGAUGUGUUUAUUGUGACCAUCAAAAUAAAUGACCAAAUGUAAAAACCACA